AUGUCUGCCCCUACUUCCACCACUUCCCCCGCUCCCACUUCUGAUCUCCCCUUUGCCAACCUUCCCUCUUCACCUGCUCCCGCUCGUAACUCGACCGCUCUCUCCAAGCCCGCUUACGCCUCCGACUCUGAGUCCGAUGGCCAGGCUCGCGGUGGCCGUCGUCAGCAGAAGCAGCAGCAGUUUGUUGUUCCUCUGCCCACCUCCACCGGUCUCUCCCAGCCCGCUGGUCAACUCCUCAAGGGCGCCACCGACGAGAACGGUGCUCAAAAGUCCGCUGCUCUGCUUGUCGGUAUCAAGCUCGACCUCGAGGCUGAGGUUCACUUGACUGCCCGUGUUAAGGGUGACAUCUGCAUCGGUCUCUACUAG